CUGAUUUGGCCACCAUGUCUGGAAUUGGGAAUAAACGAGCAGCUGGAGAGCCUGGCCCUUCUGCACCUCCAGAGAAGAAGGCAGGGGUUGAAGACUCGGGGACCACCGUGGAGACCAUUAAGCUUGGUGGCGUUUCUUCAACGGAGGAGCUGGACAUCCGGACCCUGCAGACCAAGAACCGGAAGCUGGCGGAGAUGCUGGACCAGCGCCAGGCCAUCGAGGACGAGCUGAGGGAGCACAUCGAGAAGCUGGAGCGCCGGCAGGCCACGGAUGAUGCCUCCCUGCUGAUCAUCAACAGAUACUGGAAUCAGUUUGAUGAAAAUAUCCGCAUCAUCCUGAAGCGCUUCGAUCUGGACCAAGGUGUUGGAGACCUUCUGUCUGAAAGAAAAGCACUGGUGGUACCAGAACCUGAACCAGACUCAGACAGUAACCAGGAGCGCAAAGAUGAGAGGGAACGAGGUGAGGGGCCGGAGCCAGCAUUCUCCUUCCUAGCCACUCUAGCCAGCAGCACUAGUGAGGAGAUAGAAUCUCAGCUACAGGAGCGUGUGGAGUCCUCCCGCCGGGCUGUUGCCCAGAUUGUGACAAUGUAUGACAAGCUGCAGGAGAAAGUGGAUAUGCUGUCCCACAAGCUGAACAGUGGAGAUAUUUCACUGAUGGAAGAAGCAGUUCUAGAGCUUAAUACCUACCUCUCACAUGAAAAUGGACGGCUACAGGAACUGGCUGAUGUUCUUCAGGAGAAGCACCGAAUCAUGUCUCAGGAGUUCUCCAAGUUGCAAGAGAGAGUGGAGACAGCAGAAUCUCGGGUGUCUGUUCUGGAGACCAUGAUUGAUGAUCUUCAGUGGGAUAUUGACAAGAUACGGAAAAGGGAGCAGAGGCUCAACCGGCACUUAGCGGAUGUUCUGGAACGAGUGAAUUCCAAAGGCUACAAGGUUUAUGGAGCUGGGAGCAGCCUCUAUGGGGGCACCAUCACCAUUAAUGCCCGCAAGUUUGAGGAGAUGAAUGCAGAACUGGAAGAGAAUAAAGAGCUUGCUGGGAAUCGCCUCCAUGAGUUGGAGGAACUACGCCAGGAUCUUGAGGAAGUAACAACACAGAAUGAAAAACUCAAGGUUGAGUUGCGGCGAGCAGUGGAAGAGGCUGUGAAGGAAACCCCAGAAUAUCGCUGUAUGCAGUCCCAGUUUUCUGUUUUGUACAAUGAGAGCCUCCAGCUGAAGGCACAUCUUGACGAGGCCCGCACUCUGCUUCACGGCACCCGCACCACACACCAGCGCCAGGUGGAACUCAUUGAGAGGGAUGAGGUCAGCCUUCACAAGAAGCUGCGCACGGAGGUGAUUCAGCUGGAGGACACUCUGGCACAAGUCCGCAAAGAAUAUGAGAUGUUGAGGAUAGAGUUUGAACAGACACUGGCUGCCAAUGAACAAGCAGGCCCAAUUAAUCGGGAGAUGCGUCAUCUCAUCAGCAGCCUCCAGAAUCACAACCACCAGCUGAAGGGAGAGGUGCUAAGAUACAAACGCAAACUGAGAGAGGCCCAGUCUGACUUGAGCAAGAUCCGCUCUCGCAGUGGUAGUACUCUCUUACAGGCCCAAUCCAGCACUGAAGACACAAAGGAGGAACCUCCAGAGAUCAAACAGGAACCUGAUGAUGCUUCUGCCCAAGCAUCGGUCCCCAAGGCUGCUGCUGAAGAUGUUAAUGAAAUGAAGGCCAGGCGAGAUGAAGAGGAACGGGAGCGAGAGAGGCGGGAGAGGGAGAGGGAACGAGAAAAGGAAAAAGAGAGAGAGAGAGAGCGAGAGAAAGAGAAGGAAAAGGAACGAGAGCGGGAAAAGCAGAAGCAGAAGGAAUCUGAGAAGGAGAGAGAGUCCAAAGAGAAAGAGAAAGGGAAACAUGAAGAUGGGAGAAAGAAGGAGGCUGAAGCAAUCAAGCAGCUGAAGGCUGAGCUCAAGAAGGCCCAGGAAAGCCAGAAGGAGAUGAAGCUUUUGCUAGAUAUGUACCGCUCUGCUCCCAAAGAGCAGAGGGACAAAGUGCAGCUGAUGGCAGCUGAGAAGAAGGCAAAAGCUGAGCUGGAAGAACUAAGGCAGAGGGUGAAAGAACUAGAAGACAAGGAGAAAAAGGAGAGUAAAAAGAUGGCUGAUGAGGAUGCCCUCCGCAAGAUCCGAGCAGUGGAGGAACAAAUUGAGUAUUUACAGAAGAAACUAGCCAUGGCUAAGCAGGAGGAGGAGGCUCUGCUGUCAGAAAUGGAUGUCACAGGCCAAGCCUUUGAAGACAUGCAGGAGCAGAACAUCCGCCUGAUGCAGCAGCUGCGGGAGAAGGAUGAUGCCAACUUCAAGCUGAUGUCAGAACGCAUCAAGUCUAACCAGAUCCACAAGCUGCUGAAAGAGGAGAAGGAGGAGCUCGCAGACCAAGUUUUGACACUGAAGACACAGGUGGAUGCCCAGCUGCAGGUUGUACGUAAGCUGGAGGAGAAGGAACACUUGCUGCAGAGCAGCAUUGGAACAGGCGAGAAAGAACUAGGUCUCCGAACACAGGCCCUGGAAAUGAACAAACGCAAGGCCAUGGAUGCUGCCCAGCUCGCAGAUGAUCUGAAAGCCCAGCUAGAGCUGGCUCAAAAGAAGUUACAUGACUUCCAGGAUGAGAUUGUGGAAAACAGAGUAACUAGAGAGAAAGAAAUGUUCAACUUCAAAAGAGCUGAGGAAGAUAUUUCUAGGUUGCGCAGGAAGCUGGAAACCACUAAGAAGCCUGACAUGGUUCCCAACUGUGAUGAGAUACUGAUGGAAGAAAUAAAGGAUUACAAGGCCCGUCUGACCUGCCCGUGCUGCAACAUGCGCAAGAAGGACGCUGUGCUCACCAAGUGCUUCCACGUCUUCUGCUUUGAGUGCGUGAAAACGCGCUACGACACCCGGCAGCGCAAGUGCCCCAAGUGCAAUGCUGCCUUUGGUGCCAACGACUUCCACAGGAUCUACAUUGGCUGAUUCUUUCCAGUGGAGUGAUGGAAAGUAGCUGCUUAAGCUGAACACCCAGCCUCCCUCACCUCCUGUCAUUGUCACUCCUGGGUCAGUGCUUGUG